UGUUGGUUUGUUCUUAAGAACAGAUUUCACACACGCACACACCUGGUGGUUCUGGCUGAGGUUGUGAGUGUGUGCUUCUGUGUGUGCAGGGCGCCCCUCCGCGGGCGUGGGAGCCGUUUCUCAGGGACAGAGAGGAUUUGUUUAUGGAUGGGCUUUAGCGCAAGGAAAUGAGCGUGAUUUGUUUUGCAGGGCUGGGCGAGCGAGAGAGAGCCGCCAGGGAGGAGCGAGGCGCAGCCGCUUCUUCCGCAGACGGGCGGCAGAUCUCUCUCCUGUCCAGGGUUCAGCAGGGCUGAUGAAAUACGAUCCUUUAUCCAGAAAUCGCAGAUGCAAACUAGCUCCGUUUAAAGGGUAUAACCUUCAGUGGCAGUACAAAUCAGGACAGCACACAGCUGCCAGGUCCUGCUCGCUCCUUGUCAAGAAAAACAGCUGGAUCAAUUUCUAAUCAACACUUCCAAAUAUAACACCUCUGGCUCACUGAAGGAGACCAGAGUUUGAAACUUUCCAAAGACUUCCAAUAGAUAUUGAAUACAAAAACAUACUUAGGUUGUCUUUGCACAAAUCUGGUUGAUUUGAGAGACAAAGGAGGAGGAAAGAGGUGUAAUUUUCACCCAAGAAGUCACGGAGACAUAUUCCACAUUUAAAUCAGGUGAUGGAUGAUGGUUACUGAAGCAGCCCAAAACUCAACCACAGAGCAACAAAUAUAGCUUGAGAGGCAACAGGGCAGUCCCAGAACCAAGCAAUGGAUGACUACAAGUAUCAGGGCAACUAUGAGGGCUAUGCCCCCAGUGAUGGCUAUUACCGUGGCAAUGAGUCCAAUCCAGAGGAAGAUGCGCAGAGCGAUGUCACAGAAGGCCAUGAUGAAGAAGAUGAGAUCUAUGAGGGCGAGUACCAGGGCAUCCCUCACCCAGAUGAUGUCAAGGCCAAGCAGGCCAAGAUGGCACCCUCCAGGGCAGAUGGCCUUCGAGGUCAGACAGACCUGAUGGCUGAGAGGAUGGAAGAUGAGGAGCAGUUGGCCCACCAGUACGAGACCAUCAUGGAAGAGUGUGGCCAUGGUCGCUUCCAGUGGAUCCUCUUUUUCGUCUUGGGUUUGGCCCUAAUGGCUGAUGGGGUGGAGGUGUUUGUGGUGAGUUUUGCCCUGCCCAGUGCAGAGAAGGAUAUGUGUCUGUCCAGUUCCAAGAAAGGAAUGCUUGGGCUGAUAGUCUACUUAGGAAUGAUGGCAGGGGCCUUCAUCCUGGGGGGUCUGGCUGAUAAACUGGGAAGGAAGAGAGUCCUUAGCAUGUCUCUGGCCGUCAAUGCCUCCUUCGCCUCCCUCUCCUCAUUUGUACAGGGAUACGGAGCCUUCCUUUUCUGCCGACUCAUCUCAGGCAUAGGUAUUGGGGGCUCUCUGCCAAUAGUUUUUGCCUAUUUUUCUGAAUUCUUGUCUCGGGAGAAACGAGGAGAACACCUCAGUUGGCUGGGCAUCUUCUGGAUGACGGGAGGACUCUAUGCGUCUGCCAUGGCCUGGAGCAUCAUCCCACACUACGGUUGGGGCUUCAGCAUGGGGACCAAUUACCACUUCCACAGCUGGAGGGUGUUUGUCAUCGUCUGUGCUCUGCCAUGCACAGUGUCCAUGGUGGCCCUGAAGUUCAUGCCAGAGAGCCCAAGGUUUCUGCUAGAGAUGGGCAAACAUGAUGAAGCCUGGAUGAUUCUCAAGCAAGUCCAUGACACCAACAUGAGGGCUAAGGGGACCCCAGAGAAGGUGUUCACAGUUUCCAACAUCAAAACUCCCAAGCAAAUGGAUGAAUUCAUUGAGAUCCAAAGUUCAACAGGAACCUGGUACCAGCGCUGGCUGGUCAGAUUCAAGACUAUUUUCAAGCAGGUCUGGGAUAAUGCGCUGUACUGUGUGAUGGGGCCCUACAGAAUGAACACGCUGAUUCUGGCUGUGGUCUGGUUUACCAUGGCUUUAAGUUACUAUGGACUGACAGUUUGGUUCCCAGAUAUGAUCCGGUAUUUUCAAGAUGAAGAAUACAAGUCUAAAAUGAAGGUGUUUUUCGGUGAGCACGUGUACGGUGCUACGAUCAACUUCACGAUGGAAAAUCAGAUCCACCAACAUGGGAAACUUGUGAAUGAUAAGUUCACAAGGAUGUACUUUAAACAUGUGCUCUUUGAGGACACAUUCUUUGACGAGUGCUAUUUUGAAGAUGUUACAUCUACUGAUACCUAUUUCAAAAAUUGCACCAUUGAAUCAACCAUGUUUUAUAACACAGACCUCUAUGAGCAUAAGUUUAUCAACUGUCGGUUUAUCAACACCACCUUUCUGGAGCAGAAGGAGGGCUGCCACAUGGACUUGGAACAAGAUAAUGACUUCCUGAUUUAUCUUGUCAGCUUCCUGGGCAGCCUGUCUGUCUUGCCUGGGAACAUCAUUUCUGCCCUGCUCAUGGAUAGAAUUGGAAGGCUCAAAAUGAUUGGUGGCUCCAUGCUAAUCUCAGCAGUCUGCUGCUUCUUCCUGUUUUUUGGCAACAGUGAAUCUGCGAUGAUCGGCUGGCAGUGCCUGUUCUGUGGGACCAGCAUUGCAGCCUGGAAUGCCCUUGAUGUGAUCACAGUGGAACUGUAUCCCACCAAUCAGAGGGCAACAGCUUUUGGCAUCCUCAAUGGAUUAUGCAAAUUUGGCGCUAUCUUGGGAAACACCAUCUUUGCUUCUUUUGUGGGGAUAACCAAAGUGGUCCCCAUCCUUCUGGCUGCUGCUUCUCUGGUUGGGGGUGGCCUGAUUGCUCUUCGACUGCCAGAGACUCGAGAACAGGUCCUGAUGUGAACAACCUAUGGGGGAAGAAGAGUUGAAAGAAUCUUUUCCAGGACACUUACAUGCAUCCACACUUCCUGCCUAUCACUGUCCAGAGGACACCGUGGGUAGCACAGGAGGAGAAGUUGAUUUUUGUGACCCCUAGUUUAGGACCCACUUCAGCUGUCAGUAAGUUUGUAGCUCAGGUGACUGAUUUGGGGGUGUUCCGAACCACCCUUAGAAUCACAGAGCUGCAUGUUUGGCAUCAGGUCUUCCUAGACCCAGGGAAAGGGAGGACCUUCCAGUGAGUUCACAUACUAAGCAAGGAGUGUGCAUUUCCCUAAGUGAAGUGCAAAGACCUAUUUGCAUUUCAAAAGGAAUUUGAGGGUAAGAAGCACACAAGCUUAUUUACAAAACUCCUCAGAGCCCAGUGACUUAACAAAUCAACUUGGCUGGCAGUUAGAGUCAUUAUAUUAAGAUUGGACUUAAAGUACAGAAUACGUAUAUUUUUGCAUUUAAAAGUAUCACCUAUCAUAUUUUCCACCUGAAGAUUGGCACUGUUGCAUUGAUGAUACUCUAAUAUAGAAAACCAAAUAUGUGAGCUACAUCUAUAGAGAUCUACUUCCCCCCCCGAGUAUCAUAAGCUUUUCAUGAUGACUAGGUGAUAUAUUUAAGAAUGAUAUUUAUUUCUGUUUUGUUCUAUUCAAAGAAAUGUAAUGGAAUAAGUAUUCUGUAAAUGAGAUUUUAUAAAACUUUAUUUGGGGUUUAAUAUUCACAAAUGGUAUUUGCAAAUUUUCCAGCAUUUUAGCCAUAUUUUGGGAGAACUUGGUGUUUGAGGUCCCAGGAAAUUAGGUCUGAUCAAAUGAAAUGCAAGCACAAUUUCUUAUAGCCAUUUAACUUGCUGUCAAGAGGAUGCACUUAACAAACUCAUAUUGUACAGUUCAUGUAAUCCAGGCACUUUUCUUCGUGUGGGAAGAGUGAGAAGUUACUUUUCUCUCUUACACAGAUGACUUGUGAAAUGCAAGCUUACUGUCUUCAAUACUGGCAUUUGACUUAGCUGCUCACAUAGAAACAACAUGAGAUGUGUUCAGUGGCCUCUGGCACUAUCUUUGUAGGCAAGAAUCAAACAACAUGGGGACUGAGGGAGGUAUGGGGAAGUGUAACCACCGUUCUCCCAAGUGUAAAUACUUUCUGUUUGUUUUAGCAGUAAAACGAGAUCCACAUUGGUUAGGAUGUGCAAAAUCUAUGCUAUGUGCUCAGGGCUUUUGAAACAAAAGUCAUUGGAAUGGGAAUUAGGGAGCAUAGUGGGUGUCAAAUAUGUUUUUCUUCAGUGCUCUAAGAGAACUCAUUCCUGAAAUCCAUUUUGGAACAUCGACAGGAGUAUGGGUAGGGUGAGGAACCCAGAACAAACUGCUCUGGCAAUGGUCUUGGCUAAACGGAAGAGGAGCAACUUGCUAUCCGUGAGAACUCCCUAGCAAGGGAAGCGACAGUCAGCUAUGCACUCCUGCCUUUGGAGGUGAACUUGAACUUGCCCAGGCCAGAUGAAUAUCAAUCUGCAAGAAAUAGUUCUUUGAGCUGAUUUACAGCGCUCUUAAUGGCUGUAAAGUGCCACACUUUUCCUAUCAAGAUCUCUAAAAAUAUAAAACAGAAUAAUGGCUGCAUGGAGUGUUUUCUCAAUUUUGUAGAAAAGCUGAGGUCCUGUGGUAGCUUCAGGUCAUCUUUCUGUAAUUUUCUGUUAACAGGUCAGCAGGGGUAAAUUUUAUGACACUUUUCCAUCCUCAACUUGAGGUCAGUUUUAAUGGUUAAAAUAUUGACUCUGCUUCUGUUGACCCCUACCUCUUUAUUCGUACCUCCUCCCCCCCUUUUUUUUCUGUACAAGGAAGAUGUAUCAACUCUGAUUUGACACCCUGAUUCCCCCAAGUAUAUAUAUAUAUAUAUAUAUAAAUAUAAAUAAACAUACUACUGUGUAUUCAUGUUUCUGUAAGUGUUUUAUAGGAGUUACCUAACAUAAUGCUAUGUCAAUAAUGGAAGGCCCGAUGUAAUAUAGCUGUAAUAUACUUUCCAUAUGAAAUACAGUGGCUAGGUUCAUAAAAGAGAACUGUGUAAAUAUGGGAUUACCACAUCUCCUAUAACCCUCUUAUAACUAAUUCUUCAAUGAGAUAAUACAAUUCAAUGAGAAGCUAAUACUUAAGAAAUUUACAAGACAGAGCCUGCAUUUCUAGUUAUGAUGGAUAUUGUAAAUUUAAAAUCUGAUUAAUUCUUGAGUGACGGGGUGGCUGCAAUAACUUGGGGGCUAACUCCAUUUGGUUUCCAAGUUCUAACUUCCACAUUACCUUUAUGGCUCCUUAAACCAACCACCUAACCAACCAAGGGCAAUUCCCAUCUCAUCCAUCACUUAGGUUUUUGUAAAGGAUGCAGCCAAGCUCUGCAGACAUUUCCUGUGAAGGAUUGUCUGGCACAGGUAACUGGCCACUUCUUAAAUGCUGUCAUUCCUGCUGAGAUAAAUGCAUCUUUAAAAAUAGUCUUUGUGGCAGGUCAUUGAGGGAUAAUGUACAGCAUUCCUGGCCAUGUGCUUCUUUUUCAUUUCAUGUUCUACCCUGAGAAACUCCUGAUGUCAGCCAUGGAGGGCAGAAAGGAUGAAGCUUUCCUUUGCUGGGCAAAUCUGUUCACAGUUCAUGAUGAUGUAUUUUAUGAUGCCCAGUUUAGGAGUAGUUGCUUUCCGUCGUCUCAACUUUAUUGUGUCAUCUCUUGAUGCUGAUUUUUGAUCUUUUGUUUUAUUAAAAAUAAUUAGUGAAAGAGGUGUGCCUAUUUGUGACAUUUGUAGCACAUUAGCCUGAGGUCAUGUAAUGAAAAACCCCAAACCCAUGGUUCCCUGCUAUCUUGUGUGAGUUCAUUAAAACUAAUAAUAAAAAUAACUGCAAACAAA